AUGUCAGCUAAUACCACCGGCGCUACAGAAUUCCUUAUGCUCGGACUUUCAGACGUUCCACACAGACAAAUGUUGCUUUUUAUGUCAUUUUUAAUUAUGUAUCUUUUGAAUAUUUUAGGGAACAUGACUAUCAUUUUGCUGGUUAAACUUGACUCUCAUUUUCACACACCAAUGUACUUUUUUCUGGGCAAUUUAUCCUUUGUGGAUAUUUGUUACACAUCCUCCAUUGUACCAAAAAUGUUAAUUAACAUUAUGUCAAAGGAAAAGUCCAUUUCUCUAACUGAAUGCAUUUUGCAGUUGUAUUUUUUUCUGCUUUUCGCCUGCACAGAAUGCUUUCUUCUAGCUGCGAUGGCUUAUGAUCGAUAUGUUGCUAUCUGCAACCCGCUGCAUUACACCAUGAUCAUCAGUAAAAAGCUCUGUAUAUUGCUUGUAAUUGCCUCUUGGUUGGCUUCAGCCCUGCAUUCACUGUUACACAGCCUCAUGGUCUCUAGGUUAACAUUUUGUGGAACCAACAAAAUGAAUCAUUUCUUUUGUGACAUGGCACCUCUUCUGAAGUUAUCUUGUUCAGACACCUCCAUCAACAAACUGUUGAUCUACACAGAAGGUGGGUUACCGGUUUUAAUUCCAUUUGGUAUUGUCUUGGUCUCUUAUGUCCGCAUCAUCUCCUCCAUUAUGAAGAUUCACUCUGCUGACGGACGAUACAAAGCCUUCUCUACUUGCUCUUCUCACCUCACAGUUGUCAUUUUGUUUUAUGGGACUAUUGCUUUUAUGUAUCUGCGACCGUCAUCCAGUUAUUCUCUAAACUACGACAGAGUAGUGAGUGUAGUAUAUACUGUGGUAGCUCCCAUGCUUAACCCAUUCAUCUAUAGCUUGAGGAACAAUGAGGUAAAGGGGGCACUGAAGAAACUGUUCAUUAAAAAAAAAAUCCUCUAAUCUUAAGAAAAACUGGGUGAUUUCAAUGGAAAUAUAUAUUUUACCUGGCCCAAAAUAUUUACCUGGUCCUGAAAAUUCAAACAACCUGUUCAGAAUCAGUUUUUUUCAUUACACAUAGACAUAUGAAUACAGGUAUGG